AAGUCCGCUCUGCUUCCGAAACCUUGCGGCUAUGUAGAAGACGCUACAAGCAUCUGAUGAAUUGAAAUUAGGCGAAAAUUUAAUAUUUUUAAGCAACUGACCGCAUAUUAAUUAAGUCGUCAUUUAAAAAGAGUUUGUUUGAAUAAGAAAUAUGUCCGACAGCGAGGACAGUGACUUUUCUGACAACCAGAGUGAACGCAGCAGCGACGGAGAGGCCGAGGAAGUGGAGGAGAAUGAGGAGGAGACGGGGAGCCCCGUUGGCAGCGACAAGGUAGCAGACGAGGAAGGGGAGGACCUGGAGGAUGAGGAGGAGUACGAUGAAGAGGAGGAGGAGGAUGAUGAUGACCGACCGAGGAAGAAGCCGAGGCACGGGGGGUUCAUCCUGGAUGAGGCCGAUGUGGACGAUGAGUACGAGGACGAAGAGGAUCAGUGGGAAGAAGGAGCUGAGGAUAUUCUGGAGAAAGUUAACGCAGAGGAGGCUGAAGCUUCUAAUAUUGACCAUGUGGUGUUGGAUGAAGAUCACUCUGGAUCCCGGCGGCUGCAGAACCUCUGGAGAGACUCCAGAGAAGAGGCUCUGGGUGAAUACUACAUGAGGAAAUAUGCCAAAUCCUCUGGGGGGGAACAUUACUCUGGAGGAUCAGAGGAACUGUCUGAUGACAUCACCCAACAGCAGCUGCUUCCUGGAGUCAAGGAUCCAAACCUGUGGACUGUCAAGUGUAAGAUUGGAGAGGAGAGAGCGACCGCCAUCGCAUUGAUGAGGAAGUUCAUCGCCUACCAGUUCACUGACACACCUCUGCAGAUCAAGUCGGUGGUCGCUCCAGAUCACGUCAAAGGCUAUAUCUACGUAGAGUCGUACAAACAGACGCACGUGAAGGCGGCCAUCGAAGGCAUCGGUAACCUGAGGAUGGGCUUCUGGAACCAGCAGAUGGUCCCGAUUAAAGAGAUGACCGAUGUCCUGAAGGUGGUCAAAGAGGUGACCAACCUGAAACCCAAGUCCUGGGUCCGACUCAAGAGAGGCUUGUACAAGGACGACAUCGCUCAGGUGGACUACGUGGAGCCCAGUCAGAACACCAUCUCUCUGAAGAUGAUCCCCCGAAUAGACCUGGACCGGAUCAAGGCCAAGAUGAGUCUGAAAGACUGGUUCGCUAAGAGGAAGAAGUUUAAGAGACCUGCCCAGAGGCUGUUUGACGCUGAGAAGAUCAGGUCUCUGGGCGGGGAGGUCAGCCAUGAUGGAGACUUCAUGAUCUUCGAGGGGAACCGGUACAGCCGCAAAGGAUUCCUUUUCAAGAGCUUCGCCAUGUCUGCUGUGAUCACAGAUGGGGUGAAGCCCACUCUGUCUGAACUGGAGAAGUUUGAAGACCAGCCUGAGGGCAUCGACCUGGAGGUGGUCACAGAGUCAGGUAAGGAGCGUGAACACAACCUUCAGGCUGGAGACAACGUGGAAGUGUGUGAGGGAGAGUUGAUCAACCUACAGGGAAAAAUCCUCAGCGUGGACGGAAACAAGAUCACCAUCAUGCCCAAACAUGAGGACCUGAAGGACCCUCUGGAGUUCCCCGCCCACGAGUUAAGGAAAUACUUCCGAAUGGGCGACCACGUGAAGGUGAUCGCUGGGCGAUACGAAGGUGACACCGGCCUCAUCGUCAGAGUGGAGGAAAAUUUCGUCAUCUUGUUCUCCGACCUCACCAUGCACGAGCUGAAGGUGUUGCCUAGAGAUCUGCAGCUCUGCUCAGAGACGGCGUCUGGCGUUGAUGCAGGGGGUCAGCAUGAGUGGGGGGAGCUGGUCCAGUUGGACCCACAGACGGUCGGAGUCAUCGUCCGACUGGAGAGAGAGACAUUCCAGGUGUUGAACAUGCAUGGGAAGGUGUUGACAGUGCGCCACCAGGCGGUGAACCGCAGGAAGGACAACCGCUUCGCCGUGGCGCUGGACUCUGAACAGAACAACAUCCACGUCAAAGACAUCGUGAAGGUCAUCGACGGGCCGCAUUCGGGUAGAGAAGGUGAGAUCCGACACUUAUUCCGCGGCUUUGCCUUCCUCCACUGUAAGAAGUUGGUGGAGAACGGAGGCAUGUUCGUCUGCAAAACCAGACACCUGGUCCUGGCGGGAGGAUCCAAGCCUAGAGAUGUGACUAACUUCACCGUGGGGGGGUUCGCUCCCAUGAGUCCUCGCAUCAGCAGUCCAAUGCACCACGGUGGAGGAGGUGCUCAGCAGAGAGGAGGGGGAGGAGGGGGGAUGGGGCGGGGCCGAGGGCGCAGAGACAACGAGCUGAUUGGUCAGACGGUCCGCAUCUCACAAGGUCCUUACAAAGGGUACAUCGGUGUGGUCAAGGAUGCCACCGAGUCCACGGCUCGAGUGGAACUACACUCCACCUGUCAGACCAUCUCUGUGGACCGCCAGCGCCUCACCACCAUGGGAGCGAAGAGACACAGCGGGAUGACCUCCACCCACGGACGAACACCCAUGUACGGCUCCCAGACGCCCAUGUACGGCACCGGCUCCAGAACGCCCAUGUAUGGGUCCCAGACGCCACUGCACGACGGAAGCCGAACACCACACUACGGAUCUCAGACCCCGCUGCAUGAUGGGAGCAGGACCCCAGGUCAGAGCGGAGCCUGGGACCCCAACAACCCCAACACCCCUUCCAGAAACGAGGAGGAAUACGAUUUCGGCUACGAUGACGAGCCGUCCCCGUCUCCUCAGGGUUAUGGAGGGACCCCCAACCCCCAGACCCCAGGUUACCCAGAAGUCCCUUCUCCGCAGGUCAACCCCCAGUACAACCCUCAGACACCUGGAACACCUGCCAUGUACAACACAGAACAGUACUCCCCCUACGCUGCCCCCUCCCCUCAGGGCUCCUAUCAGCCCAGCCCCAGUCCUCAGAGCUACCACCAGGUGGCGCCCUCACCCGUCGGGUACCAGAACACCCACUCUCCAGCCAGCUACCAUCCGACGCCUUCUCCCAUGGCCUAUCAGGCCAGCCCCAGUCCCAGUCCGGUGGGCUACAGUCCCAUGACCCCCGGCGCCCCCUCCCCUGGGGGUUAUAACCCUCACACCCCCGGCUCCAACAUCGAGCAGGGCAGCAGCGACUGGGUCACCACCGACAUCCUGGUCCGGGUCAAGGACUCCUUCAUGGACCUGAUGGGUCAGACUGGGGUCAUCCGCAGCAUCACGGGUGGAAUGUGUUCAGUGUUUAUGCAGGAAUCAGACAAGGUGGUGAGCAUCAGCAGUGACCACCUGGAACCCGUCACCCCGACCAAGAACAACAAGGUGAAGGUGAUCCUGGGGGAGGACCGCGAGGCCACGGGCAUCCUGCUGAGUAUCGACGGGGACGACGGCAUCGUUCGGAUGGAGCUGGACGACCAGCUGAAGAUCCUCAACCUGAGGUUCCUGGGACGCCUGGAGCACUGAACCCAGAACCCCCUGGACCCGGGUCUGUUCACAGUCCACUUAGACCGGUCUACAGUCUCAGACCAGGGUUCACAUAUUCCACAGAACUCCUCCUCGCUGAUAUCGUUCUUUUUUUUAAUUCUUUUUUUUUCGUUAGCUUCCUGUGUUCUUAGUGAUGGGUUCUGCUUUUAGUGCUUUUUCAGUGUUCUGUUCGUACGUUUGCUUUUCUGGAGCGGGACGGGUCCGAAACUGUUCAUGUUCAUUAAUAAACUGUGAUCCAGCUCA